UCUAAAUCUCAAACCCUCCAUUUCUUUAUCUUUGCUUCACUCGCAUUCUUUAAUUUCUCUCAUCCAUUUAUUUUUUGAAUGCGAUCGCGUAAUUCAAAUCAUCCAAACAGCCCCUUAAUGGUGCUCAGCUCCAUUUCUAGAUCCAACUGAGUCAGCGAGUUCAGAAGCUAAUACUGAGUUGGGAAUGGCUUCUUCGGAAGCCGAUUCCCGCUUAAACCAAGUGGUAGUACCAGCCCUAGAAAAAAUCAUCAAAUCCGCUUCGUGGCGUAAACACUCUAAACUAGCUCAUCAAUGCAAAUCCGUCCUCGAGAAACUCACUUCUCCGCCGAAUCAAACGCCGCAGUCGCCGGAUUCCGACGUUGAUUCAUCGAUCCCCGGUCCGCUCCACGACGGUGGUCCUAUCGAGUUCUCACUUGACGAAUCUGAAUCAAUCCUCAGCCCUCUGAUCAACGCCUGUGGAACCGGAUUUCUCAAGAUCGUUGAUCCCGCCGUUGAUUGUAUCCAGAAAUUGAUCGCUCACGGUUACUUACGUGGCGAGGCGGACCCCACCGGUGGCAGCCCUGAGGCGCAGUUGCUAUCGAAAUUAAUCGAAUCCGUUUGUAAAUGUUAUGAUAUCGGCGACGAUGCGAUUGAGCUGGCUGUUCUGAAAACGCUGUUAUCGGCGGUUACGUCGAUUUCGUUGAGGAUACACGGUGAUUGUUUGUUGCAAAUAGUGAGGACUUGUUAUGACAUUUAUUUAGGGAGUAAAAAUGUAGUUAACCAAACGACGGCGAAAGCGUCGCUGAUUCAAAUGCUGGUUAUUGUGUUUAGGAGAAUGGAGGCGGAUUCGUCGACUGUUCCGAUUCAACCAAUUGUCGUAGCGGAAUUGAUGGAGCCGGUUGAGAAAUCGGAUGCUGAUGGCUCAAUGACAAUGUUUGUGCAGGGUUUUAUAACUAAAAUUAUGCAGGAUAUUGAUGUGGUUUUGAGUACAGGUGGCACUCCUAAGGUUUCUGUAGGAGCACAUGAUGGUGCUUUUGAGACUACUACUAAUGUGGAGACUACGAAUCCCGCUGAUUUGCUUGAUUCGACCGAUAAGGAUAUGUUGGAUGCUAAGUACUGGGAGAUUAGUAUGUAUAAGACGGCGUUGGAGGGUCGGAAAGGGGAAUUGGCGGAUGGUGAAGUGGAGAGAGAUGACGAUUUAGAGGUUCAGAUUGGGAAUAAAUUAAGAAGAGAUGCAUUUUUGGUGUUUAGAGCUCUUUGUAAGUUGUCGAUGAAAACGGCUCCUAAGGAGGCCUCAACUGAUCCUCAGUUAAUGAGAGGGAAGAUUGUGGCUUUGGAGUUGUUGAAAAUACUACUGGAGAAUGCUGGGGCAGUGUUUAGAACUAGUGACAGGUUCUUAGGAGCCAUUAAGCAAUACUUAUGUUUGUCGCUGUUGAAGAAUAGUGCUUCAAGUCUUAUGAUUGUUUUCCAACUUUCUUGCUCCAUUUUCAUUAGUCUGGUGUCAAGGUUUAGAGCAGGAUUGAAAGCAGAGAUUGGAGUAUUCUUUCCCAUGAUUGUUCUCAGAGUUCUGGAAAAUGUUGCUCAACCUAACUUUCAACAGAAGAUGAUAGUGCUUCGGUUUCUUGAAAAGUUGUGUGUUGAUUCACAGAUAUUGGUGGACAUCUUCAUUAACUAUGAUUGCGAUGUCAAUUCAGCAAACAUAUUUGAGAGGAUGGUCAAUGGACUUUUUAAAACUGCGCAAGGUGUCCCUCCUGGCACAACCACUGCACUUUUGCCACCACAGGAGGUGACGAUGAAACUUGAAGCUAUGAAGUGCUUGGUGGCUAUUUUAAAAUCAAUGGGAGAUUGGAUGAACAAACAGUUACGAAUUCCAGAUCCACAUUCUAUAAAAAAAUUUGAUGCAGCUGAGAGUGUUCCUGAGACUAGUCUUCCCAUGGCAAAUGGAAAUGGGGAUGAACCAGCUGAAGGAUCGGAUUCUCAUUCUGAAGCUUCUACUGAAGCUUCUGAUGUUUCAACGAUUGAGCAACGCCGUGCCUAUAAGCUGGAACUUCAGGAAGGUAUAUCUCUUUUUAACCGGAAACCUAAAAAGGGCAUUGAAUUUCUCAUUAACGCAAAUAAAGUGGGCAAUUCACCAGAAGAGAUAGCAGCUUUUCUUAAAAAUGCUUCUGGCUUGUCGAAGACUCUGAUUGGUGAUUAUCUAGGAGAAAGGGAAGAAUUAUCGUUGAAAGUAAUGCAUGCCUAUGUAGAUUCUUUUGACUUUCAAGGCAUGGAGUUUGAUGAGGCUAUCAGGGUCUUUCUACAAGGGUUCAGAUUACCUGGUGAGGCGCAGAAGAUUGAUCGUAUUAUGGAAAAGUUUUCUGAGCGUUAUUGCAAAUGCAAUCUAAAAGUUUUUAGUAGUGCUGAUACGGCCUAUGUCCUUGCUUACUCGGUGAUCUUGCUCAAUACUGAUGCUCACAAUCCCAUGGUGAAGAACAAGAUGUCGGCUGAUGAUUUUCUAAGAAACAAUCGCGGCAUUGAUGAUGGCAAAGAUCUACCUGAAGAGUACUUGAGGUCUUUAUAUGAACGCAUAUCAAAAAAUGAGAUCAAAAUGAAAGAAGAUGAUUUGGCACUCCAGCAAAAACAGGCAACAAACUCAAACAGAAUUUUAGGCUUGGACAGUAUUUUAAAUAUUGUGAUCCGUAAGCGGGGUGAGGAUAAGAUGGAAACCAGUGAUGAUCUAAUCAGGCAUAUGCAAGAAAAUUUCAAGGAAAAAGCUCGCAAAUCUGAGUCAGUUUAUUAUGCAGCAACAGAUGUGGUGCUACUUCGCUUCAUGAUUGAGGUAUGCUGGGCUCCUAUGCUGGCUGCAUUCAGUUUGCAUCUUGACCAAAGUGACGAUGACGUGGUGUUAGCCUUGUGUCUUGAUGGUUUUCGCUAUGCAAUCCAUGUUACUGCUGUGAUGUCUAUGAAGACUCAUAGAGACGCUUUUGUUACCUCCUUAGCAAAGUUUACUUCCCUCCAUUCUCCUGCUGAUAUCAAGCAGAAAAAUAUUGACGCUAUCAAGGCAAUAGUUACAAUUGCUGAUGAGGAUGGUAAUUAUUUGCAAGAAGCUUGGGAACAUAUUUUGACCUGUGUUUCUCGCUUUGAACAUCUGCACCUAUUGGGCGAGGGCGCUCCUCCAGAUGCUACUUUUUUUGCUUUUCCUCAGAAUGAUUCAGACAAGUCAAAACAAACAAAGUCAGCCGUUCUCCCUGUAUUAAAAAAGAAGGGACCUGGUAGGAUGCAGUAUGCAGUCUCUGCUGUGAUGAGAGGUUCAUACGAUAGCGCUGGAAUUGGUGGCAGUGCUACUGGGGCAGUCACAUCUGAACAGAUGAACAAUUUGGUCUCUAAUUUAAACAUGUUAGAGCAAGUUGGGAGCUCUGAAAUGAAUCGCAUAUUCACACGUAGCCAAAAACUAAAUAGCGAGGCAAUACUUGACUUUGUCAAGGCUCUUUGCAAAGUCUCUAUGGAAGAAUUGCGGUCAACAUCUGACCCACGUGUUUUUAGCCUCACGAAGAUUGUUGAGAUUGCGCACUAUAACAUGAACCGCAUCAGGCUUGUGUGGUCAAGCAUCUGGCACGUGCUCUCUGAUUUCUUUGUAAAUAUUGGUUGUUCUGAAAACCUUUCAAUUGCAAUUUUUGCAAUGGAUUCUUUGCGACAAUUAUCAAUGAAAUUUUUAGAGCGAGAGGAGUUAGCUAAUUACAAUUUUCAGAAUGAGUUUAUGAAACCUUUUGUCAUUGUUAUGCGUAAGAGUAGUGCUGUUGAAAUCAGGGAAUUGAUCAUCAGAUGUGUUUCACAAAUGGUUUUGUCCCGCGUCAACAAUGUUAAGUCGGGAUGGAAGAGCAUGUUCAUGGUUUUUACUACAGCAGCUUAUGAUGACCACAAAAAUAUUGUGCUUUUGUCCUUUGAAAUAAUGGAGAAGAUUAUUCGAGACUACUUCCCAUACAUCACUGAGACUGAAACAACCACCUUUACAGAUUGUGUAAAUUGUCUGAUUGCAUUCACCAAUAGUAGAUUCAACAAAGACAUUAGCCUCAACGCUAUAGCGUUUCUUCGAUUCUGUGCUACAAAACUCGCAGAAGGAGAUCUGGGAUCUUCACCGAGGAAUAAGGACAAGGAAGCUGCUGGAAAGGAAGGAAAACAUGAAAAUGGGGAGAUCACUGAUAAAGACAAUCACCUUUAUUUCUGGUUUCCUUUGUUGGCAGGUUUGUCGGAACUUAGCUUUGACACUAGACCUGAAAUCAGGAAAAGUGCCUUGCAAGUGUUGUUUGAUACUUUGCGCAACCAUGGCCAUCUUUUCUCCUUACCACUUUGGGGACGGGUCUUUGAGUCAGUCCUAUUUCCGAUUUUUGACUAUGUACGUCAUGCUAUUGAUCCUACGGGAGGUGACUCCCCUGACCAGGAGAUUGAUAAUGAUGAUGCUGGUGAACUUGAUCAAGAUGCAUGGAUGUAUGAGACAUGCACGUUAGCCCUCCAAUUGGUUGUUGAUCUCUUUGUCAAAUUCUAUGAUACUGUCAAUCCACUUCUGAAAAAGGUUUUAAUGCUUCUGGUUAGCUUCAUCAGACGUCCACACCAAAGUCUUGCAGGCAUUGGCAUUGCGGCAUUUGUCCGUUUGAUGAGCAAUGCUGGUGAUCUAUUUUCAGAAGAGAAGUGGUUGGAAGUGGUCUUAUCUCUAAAAGAGGCAGCCAAUGCAACACUUCCUGAUUUCUCAUACAUUGUUUCUGCAGAGUCCAAUAUGAGAAUUCACAAAAUUUUAGCUGGGCAAGAAAAUGGAGAGUCUAAUGGAUCUGGUUUGUCUGAUGAUGAUCCGGAGAGACUAAUAACUCAUCGUCUCUAUGCUUCAAUAUCUGAUGCAAAAUGUAGAGCGGCUGUCCAACUUUUAUUGAUUCAGGCUGUGAUGGAAAUAUACAACAUGUAUCGGUCCCACCUUUCAGCGAAAAAUACUGUAGUCCUUUUUGAUGCUUUGCACGAUGUUGCAUCUCAUGCUCACAAGAUCAAUACCGAUAUGCUGCUGCGUUCAAGGCUACAAGAGUUUGGCUCGAUGACUCAAAUGCAAGACCCGCCACUAUUACGCUUGGAGAACGAGUCUUACCAAAUUUGCCUCACGUUCUUGCAAAAUCUUAUACUGGAUAAGCCUCCAAGUUUUGAUGAGGUUGACGUGGAAAUUUAUCUUGUCAACCUCUGCCGAGAGGUGUUACAGUUUUAUAUUGAAACUUCUCGUUCUGGACAAACGUCCCAAUCUUCGAAUGCACAAUGCCUGUGGAUGAUUCCUGUAGGCUCUGGCAAACGGAGGGAAUUGGCUGCACGAGCGCCUCUUAUAGUUGCAACACUUCAGGCUAUAUGUAGUCUGGGAGAUGCUUCAUUCGAAAAGAACUCGAGACAUUUCUUCCCGCUUCUCUCAGGCUUGAUAAGCUGUGAACAUGGCUCGAAUGAGGUUCAAGUGGCUCUUGGUGAUAUGCUCAGCUCAACGGUGGGUCCUAUUUUGCUUCGUUCUUGUUGACGUGGUGAGUUCACACUGCAAUUUCAAUUUAAUUCUUAGUUUAUAUUUUCUUCUUCUUAUAAUUGUCAUUGGAGAUAGAGAGAUCCAUAGUGUAUGAAUAGUUAGCCAUGUUUUCGGAUUGAGUAGCGCUUCUGAACUUUAAUGUAGUUAUCUCGGAAGCGCCUUUGUUCAGAGUUAAUAGAAUCGUCAGGAGUUUUGUUGUA